CACCCACACCCACACUAACACACACACCCACACUAAUACGCUAACACAUCCACACUAACACACACACCCACAUUAACACGCUCACCCACACACACACUAACACACACCCACACUCACACACCAACACGAACUCAUUCACGCGGUGUUGUCAGGCAACGUUGUUCCUCUUCCCAUGGACAGUCGCGAGGUUUCUGUUCUGCAGUGGUGGCGUCCCGAGGCCACGGUGACCACCAGGGCCCAUUUAACCCACAACCCCCGGCACCCACCAGGGUCCACGGCCCUGCCUCCUCCCCACAAUGCUCCAUGGUGUCGAGCCCCCGAUUCUUUCUGCUCCAGGUCACGUAGCCGCUCCAGGUCACGUAGCCGCUCCAGGUCACGUAGCCGCUCCAGGUCACGUAGCCGCUCCAGGUCACGUAGCCGCUCCAGGUUACGUAGCCGCUCCAGGUCACGUAGCCGCUCCAGGUCACGUAGCCGCUCCAGGUCACGUAGCCGCUCCAGGUCACGUAGCCGCUCCAGGUCACGUAGCCGCUCCAGGUCACCUAGCCGCUCCAGGUCACGUAGCCGCUCCAGGUCACGUAGCCGCUCCAGGUCACGUAGCCGCUCCAGGUCACGUAGCCGCUCCAGGUCACGUAGCCGCUCCAGGUCACGUAGCCGCUCCAGGUCACGUAGCCGCUCCAGGUCACGUAGCCACUCCAGGUCACGUAGCCGCUCCAGGUCACGUAGCCGCUCCAGGUCACGUAGCCGCUCCAUGCCACGUAGCCGCUCCAGGUCACGUAGCCGCUCAUCGGCUGCGAUCGUGCCGUAUUCUCCGAAGCAACGCUUGAUCCUGUGGUCGGCAAGACGUGGCCUUUUAACCAGUUUCACGACCGUUCCUCGGCCACACGGCAGCUGUUGUGUCGAGGGGGGCAGGGAGGAGAAGGGAGUGAGGAGACGAAAGGAGAAGAGAUGCGGGCGGGGGGCGGUGGCGAGGGCUGCAUGCCGCGUGUCAACACGCCCCUACCUUGCCCCCUGCGUGUUCCCAGCUGUGCCUGGGUCCAUCUCCCUGCCGCCGGGCGUUGCAGCCUCGUGCUCCCGUUGGACGUGGCCGCGACGCCCCGCCGAGCGGGCACCGUACACUAACACACUCACUAACACAUUAACACAUUAACACACUAACACAUUAACAUACACACCUACACUAACACACUCACACUAACACAUUAACACACUAACACACUAACACACUCACACUA